AUGCAAGUGUGCCAUACUGGACUUUGUCUGCCUGUCUACGUCAUUACCUUUGUGCUGGGCUUCCCAGCCAAUGUCCUCGCCUUCUAUACCUUCUGCAAAAAAGUGAGGCAGAAACCCACCCCGAUUGAUAUCCUGCUCCUCAACCUGACCAUCUCUGACCUCCUCUUCCUCCUCUUCCUGCCCUUCAAGAUGCAGGAAGUGAUAAACAACAUGCACUGGGACUUGCCCUACGCCCUCUGCCCGCUGUCUGGCUUCAUCUUCUACAUGACCAUCUACAACAGCACCUUCUUCCUUACUGCGGUCAGCGUAGAGCGCUACCUGGGCGUCGCUUUCCCCAUCCAGCACACCCUGAAGCGGCGACCCGUGUAUGCUGUCGCCGCAAGCAUCUUCUUGUGGAUUUUCUGCUUCAUCCACCUGAGCAUUGUGUUCAUCGUGCCCUUUAUCAGCACCGAGGACUCGCCGAAUACCACCUCAAGCCACAACACGGAGGUGUGUUAUGCGAAUUUCACAGAGGCUCAGCUGAAGGUCCUCCUGCCUGUGCGUCUGGAGCUCUGCGUGGUACUUUUCUGCAUCCCUUUCCUGAUAAGCAGUUUCUGCUACAUCAACUUCAUCAGGAUUCUGUCCAAGCUGCAGCACAUUGACCGGCGCCGGCGCCUCAGGGCCAUUGGCAUGGCUUUAGGAACACUGCUGGUGUUCGCUUUAUGUUUUGGCCCCUAUAACAUGUCGCACAUUAUCGGAUUUAUUACAUGGAAAAGUCCCGACUGGAGAGACAAAGCCCUGCUGUGCAGCACCUUUAAUGCUUGUCUCGACCCUCUUAUUUUCUACUUCUCUUCCUCUGCUGUGAGAAAGACUGUGGGUAGUGUGAUGGAAGGGGUUAAGAGUCGCCUAAACAGGUGCAUGUCCUGUCACAUGCUCUGGGCCUUGAGGGGUGGGAUUAACAAGACUGCAAAAGAUAAGGAACACAAACAAGAGGAGAUCAAUGCUAUCUAA